AUGGAGAGGCAGCCAGGAGGUUCCUGCGGACGGCCGGAUGGCGGUGCAACAUGCACUUGGCACAUUGAGCCUGCAGGAUUCAUUCUGCUGGACGACUUGGUGGGUCAGAAUUUGAAGGAGCUGUACAAAAAAGGUGGCACGCAGUACGACAAGACCACGGACGCCGGCCAAGGCACAAGUUUUUGGAAUGGCAAAAAGGACGCGGCGAAGUGCAAGGAGCGUCAAGAUAAGCUCUUGAAUCUUUUCGCGGAAAAGUACCGGGAUCAGCCGGCUGCGCUGACGGACCCGCGAUGUGAUUUCUGGAGGGGACGAGAGACUUACCCGGCUCACUCCCUGGCAGAAGGGAUGGUCAGCAUCCAUGUUCGACCACCGAAGAUGGGGCUGGAGGAAGGCCAUGCGAUGAACACCGUCGCUGAAAAGAGUGGCAAGAGUGCUUUUGUGAAGGCGAUGCUGUCUGCGCUAACGGCCGACCGCGCCGCCCGGCCCCAGGCCUCCGAGGCGUCCGCGCAGCAGGAGCCGGCCAAGGCAGGCAUCGUGGAACCACAGACGAGUGCGUCCCAGCGCUCGGACACCUCCAAGAACCUCUCGCCGAGCUCCAGCGUGGCGUUUCCGAGUUCCGGUGGGUCCAUGACGCCGGGACUGGCUCCGCCUGUGCCAGUGGCGCCCAAAGGAGCGCAUCGCGGACGGCGCCAGGGCGUCCGCGUGGUCUUCCGCGAGGACUCUGAGGAGAAGCGAGGCUCGCUUCAACUCCAGGCCCCGGCGGUCGAGAGCCCGACACCAGUGGCAGAGGAGCUGAGCACGUCCGAGCCAGAGAACUCGCCGAACUCGCCGUCGCUGCUGAGCCCACCUAUUCUGGCAUCGCCCGAGCCGGAGGUGGCGGAGGAGGAGGAGGCGAGCUCGGAGAACUCUCUUGCUGCGAGUCCCUCGAUCAGCCCAAUGCCUUCGGAGAAGGACCACAGAAGGCGCAGUCUCCGCACAAGGCUCCAGGACCGAGGUGGCCUCUUCUGGCAGGGAGUGAGGACGCGGAUGAAGGGCCCCAGCAAUCAGCGGAAGACCCAGGACUUGGGGAAGAUGGUGAACCGCUUGGGUGCCGGGGCUGCCUUCGGCGCGAAGACCCUGCUGAAGAAGGAGGCGAGAACCGCCUCGGUGAUGACCGUGGAACCGACGAAGCUGCUCGUCGUGACACGCGAAGACUACGUGGCCCUGCUGGGCUCCAUGGAGGAGGCACUCUCUAGCACGCCUGCAAUGGAGCAGGGCAGCUCUGCUGACACGGUCUUCCGGCAGGCCACUACCCUGGCAGAGGACGGCCACUUCGGCCGGGCGGCAGAGCUCUUCCAAAAGGCUUCGCAGCUGGAUCCGAGUUCUGCCAAGCACUAUGAGGCUCGAGCCCAAUGCUUGAUGGAGCUGGGGCAGUUUCAAGGUGCUGUGGCGUCAGCAGAGCAGGCCGUGAAGCUGAGCGCAGACUGGCUGCCGGGCAAGGCCACCCUGGGAAGAGCGCUCUUCAACGCCGGACAGCUCGAGGAUGCAGUCGGCCAGUUCGAGGAGGCCUUGAAGCUGGCCGAAAACGAUCCUGAAUGGGCAGCAGAGCUUGGCGCCGAGUUGGUCGAGUUCACCAGCCUCCUGCAUCGGCAUUGGGCGGAGCACCACGACAUUCUUCUGCCAGUGAGGGCAGGCCUGCAGCUUCGCAUUCGACAAGCCUUGAACUGCCGCUACUGCAGGCUUUCGAACGCCGAGCUGGGCCCUGGGGGCGCGGUCUGGGGCGGCGGAGUUUUCCCGUCACAUGCCUACUUCGGUUCUACGGCCUACUGGUACACUCGGCCCCGGAUUCUGGAGCUUGGCUCGGGCACGGGCGCAGCGGGCCUUGCGGCAGCAGCUGUGGGUGCAGAAGUGGUUCUCACUGACCACGCCAACCUGUUAAGCUUAAUUCAGCUCAACAUGCAGACGAAUGCCCACUUCAUCCACUUAGCGGGCGGAUCCGCUUCAAGCUGCGCUUUCGAUUGGGAGGAGGAGCCAGCAGAUGAGCUGCUGCAGCGCCCCUUCGAUUUGGUCAUCGGCGCAGACCUUGUCUACUCCUUUGCGGCCGUGGAGCCCUUCACUAUCGCUUUGCAGGCCGUGCUGCUGCCACAAGCGGCCGAGGGACGAACGCAAGCCCUGGCGCCUUCAAUGCUUUAUGCCCACUACCCUCGCUUCCCCGAUCUGGACAAGGCCAUGACUACAGCACUGGCAACCAAAGGCCUUGUGCUUCAGGAACGAGCCUUGCCUCCUUGGAAGGGUGAUGUUGGCUCCAUCCCAGAAAAUGUGCUGUGCCAUGUGAAGCUUCUCGAAAUCAGACCUGGGACUCCGAGCACAUCGUUUGCUGUCUCGGAAGGCCAGCAAGACCAACACGGGGGCGGCCACGGCUGGGACUACCAUGACAUGGACUGUGACUGUGGACAAGAGCAUGGUGAGGGAGAGCAGCCGCUAGCGGCAGAGGUUUCCGCCUUCGUCGAAAGCCUGGGCGGCCUAAGUGGCGCGGCCGGCAAAACUUGGAAGCGGCCCAAAAUCCCGACUGCGGAGGAGGACCUUCCCCCGGAGCUGCAAGAUGCAGAGAUCUUGGGCGGGUCCUCAGAUGCAGAUGCCUCCAUAUCUUCGGAGGACGAGGGCAAGGUGCCCAUGAAUCGCAAGGAGAGGAAAGAGGCCGAGAAGCAGGCGAGAAAGCAGGCCGAGGCCGAGAAGAAAGUGCAGCAAGCGAAGGCUGCUGCGAAGACACCCACAGAGCCGGCAGCAGAGAGCCAAAGUGCCAGCGGCAAGCGCGAUGGGCAGAUCUUCCUGGCAGCGUUGCCGGCCUCCGUUGACGGUGAUACCUUGAGGAAGGACUUCGCCAAGUUCGGUGAGAUUUCCCGCUUCUAUUUCCACAAAGACAGCGAUGGGUCUCCGCGGGGUACGGCCUGCAUCUUCUACAACGAUCCCAACGAUGCCGACAAGGUGAUUCUGCUGGAUGGCAUCGACUACAAGGGCCAAGCGAUCAAGGUAAAGCGAAGACCGCCGCGGAAGCCUGGCGGGAAGCAGGUGAGAAAACAGCAGGAGCGCGCCGCCACUGUGGCUGAGGCAGCGCCCAAGAAGGAACCUGCAGCUACGCAGACCUCGGUGCCCUUCGCAUGCAAAGCGCCAGGCUCCGGGAUUCUGAAGCGCACGCAGAAGCACGUGGCGAAGCGCACGGCAGCAAAAGAAGAUGAGGUGGCUGCUGAUGAGGUCAUGCCGGAAGGAGCAUCAGCACUGGGACCAUUUGCACCCCGCCCUCCGCCAGCGAAUGGCCAGCUGCUCGAUGGUUCGCACUUCCAAGACAAUGCCGGGGUCUCAGAUCUUCCCGUUCUGCAUCGCUGCAAGCUUCUCCUUCAUGGCCGUGCGAAGAAGCAGAGUGGCAAAGUGAAAAGCUGCACGCUGGAUCGGGGCAGCGUUCUCCUGCGGCAUGGCGAGCCUGAAUGCAAGGAGGUGACGAUCCUGCGGCAGGGUGCAGUGGCCUUUUGCUACCCGCCGGGCCAUGAAGGCAAGGAAGCGCCGCGUUCUGCUCGCACGCCGCGCUAUGCAGCGGCCGCCAUGGGAGCAUCGCAGAUUGUCACCACCCCGGGUGAGCUCAUUGGUGUGUAUUCGGCCAUCUUCAAGAACCCCGAGCCUGCCACUGUCCGCGUGGAAAGUGCAACCUGUGAUAUUUACCGUGUGCCAUGGGCCGGCCAGUGCCGCCUCACGGCCGCGCACGUGGCGCGCCGGAGCGAGGUGCAGGGCGCUCGGGCGGAGGGCGGGGCGGCGCUGCGGCCCGGGGCGUCCGGCUCCAGGAGCCGUGAGAUGCCGGCCGUCGCUAGCAGCCGAACGAACGGGCUGGUGGAUCCGCGUGUGGAGGGGCCGAACGACUUCGAGCAAGAGCUCAGCAGCCUCGGUACCGAGGCCGCAGAUGCCCAGGCCAUGCAGCUUGCGAAGCUCGAGGCGGAGGAGGACGAGGACGAGGAAGAGGAAGCGGAGGAGGGCUCUUUGCCCGAACCCGCGAAGCGCAUCGUAAACACUCGAGAGGUGGAGCUCUGGCCAGGGAUACCAGAUCCCAUGGUGGACUUCGGUGGCCUGCCCAUCCCCCAGCGCCUCGCCGACGCUUUUACCGAGCGUGGAAUCGUCCAGCCCUCCAGCAUCCAGGACACUUUGCCUCAUUGCUACAGCCUGUUAGACUCGGUGAUGGCAGAAGAAGAUGCGACGAGUCAUUGCGAGGAGCUCGUGAUGCCCAAGCUGGCCAAGGGCGAGCACAUCAUCCUACAUGCCCCUACAGGCCUGCUCUGCUGGUUUCGGCUGCGGCCAUCCAAGCCAGCACUCCCAUAA